CUCCACUUCACCGUCACCGGCGAACAAGAGGCGAACUCCCCAGAACCCAGAAGCCUUCUCUCUGUGGUAUCAAUGGCGGCUAUGGCUUCUACCAUCUCUCUCUCCUCCACCAAGCCUCAGAGGCUCUUCGAUUCCUCCUUCCAUGGCUCCGCCGUCGCCGUUCCUCCUGUCUCUGUCGGCUUGAGAUCCAGAGCCGUCGCUGGGAACGGCUUCUCCGUCCGUGCCUCCGCGGAGUCUUCGUCUCCACCGUACGAUCUGAACAACUUCCGAUUCUCGCCGAUUAAGGAAUCGAUCGUGUCGCGUGAGAUGACGCGCAGGUACAUGACGGACAUGAUCACCUACGCAGAGACCGACGUCGUCAUCGUCGGCGCUGGAUCAGCCGGACUCUCCUGCGCCUACGAGAUCAGUAAGAACCCUAACGUUCAGGUCGCCAUCAUCGAGCAGUCUGUUAGCCCCGGCGGCGGCGCGUGGCUCGGCGGCCAGCUCUUCUCCGCCAUGGUAGUGCGCAAACCGGCACACAUGUUCCUGGACGAACUCGACAUCGAGUACGACGAGCAAGACGACUACGUGGUGAUCAAGCACGCAGCGCUCUUCACCUCCACGAUCAUGAGCAAGCUCUUGGCUCGUCCAAACGUCAAGCUCUUCAACGCCGUGGCUGCAGAGGAUUUGAUCGUCAAGGGAAACAGGGUCGGCGGUGUCGUGACGAACUGGGCUCUGGUGUCGAUGAACCACGACACACAGUCGUGUAUGGACCCCAACGUUAUGGAGGCUAAGGUGGUGGUCAGCUCUUGCGGCCACGACGGACCCUUUGGCGCCACCGGCGUGAAGAGGUUGAAGAGCAUCGGGAUGAUCGACAAUGUUCCCGGGAUGAAGGCCCUUGACAUGAACUCGGCUGAGGAUGCGAUCGUGAGAUUGACGAGAGAGGUUGUUCCCGGCAUGAUUGUCACCGGUAUGGAAGUUGCAGAGAUCGACGGCGCUGCAAGAAUGGGACCGACAUUCGGGGCGAUGAUGAUAUCGGGACAGAAGGCGGCGCAUCUUGCCCUGAAAGCACUGGGGAUGCCGAACGCAUUGGACGAUGGCUCCUAUCUCGGAAAGCUUCACCCUGAGCUGGUCUUAGCCGCCGCAGAAUCUGCCGAAACUGCUGACGCUUAGAUGUUUCAGGGACUUUGGGGGGAUGUGCAGGAUCGUUAGUGAGUGAGUGAAUGAAUGAAUGAAUAAAAAAGGGUUUAAGUUUCAUGUGUUUGGGACUUAAGAGGACAAAUGUUUGGUCUGUAAUGUGUUUGAGCUUCUGGUUGUUCUUGUUGUCUCUUUUUAGUCUUUAAUGAAAAAAAAAAGCUUUCUUUCUGCGUUAA